AUUCAAACACACGUUGAGUUCAGCGCUUCACCGGUUCUGUUUACAAGUACACAAGAAUGAAUUCGGCACAUUAAACAGGACAAACAUUUCCGAGAUUGGAAAGCAGUGUGAGUGGUAAAAAGAUGCCUGUGCCAGUCUGGCGUUGGCAUCUACUGUCUCUUUGGACACUUGCCAGUGUGUGUUUUCCUCAGAGGAAUGGGCCGAACACUGUUGAUUUCUCAGGCACUUUUGGAAACACCCUGCCAUCCCUCAGUCGCCCGGCAAAUGCCAGUCAGAUCUUCUAUGGCAUCAUGUUUGAUGCGGGCAGCACGGGCACUCGCAUUCAUGUCUACACCUUCAUACAGAGAGAACCAGGUGGUUUGCCGGUGUUGGAUAAUGAAAUGUUUCAGUCUAUGAAGCCGGGUUUAUCUGCCUAUGCUGAUGUACCUGAGAUUGCUGGUCACACAGUCCGGCAGUUACUGCGAGUGGCUCAGAAGACGGUUCCUCCGGUGGAGUGGAAGAGAACUCCCGUGGUCCUGAGAGCCACAGCGGGACUGAGACUGCUGCCGCCCGCUAAAGCUCACGCGCUUCUGGAGGAGGUUCAAGACGUAUUUGACGAAUCCCCAUUUUAUGUCCCCGCUGACAGUGUCAGUAUCAUGAACGGCGUUAAUGAAGGUGUUCUUGCCUGGGUGACAGUCAACUUUCUUGCAGGUCACCUUUACCCCAACACACAGAAGACGGUCGGCAUUCUGGAUCUGGGAGGAGGAUCGACGCAAAUCACCUUCCUACCAAAGUCAAAGAAAACGAUUGAGAGUGCGCCUGCUGAUUAUAUCGCAAGAUUCGACAUGUUUAACUCUACUUAUGAACUCUAUACACACAGUUACCUUGGAAACGGCAUCAAAGCUGCUCGAGUGUCAGCGCUCGGAGCUUCGGCCUCACAGGGUCUGGAGAGGAAAGUUUUCAAAAGCUCUUGUUUACCCAAAAAAUAUAAAGGGGAGUUCAGUUUUGGAGGAGUAACUUAUGACGUCAGUGGAAGCACACAAGGUGAGACGGGAUUCAAGACGUGUUAUCAGGAAAUGCUGAAGGUGGUGAGGGGCAUCAAACAGCCGCAGGAACUGAAAGAUAGCGCCGGUUUCUACGCCUUCUCUUAUUAUUAUGAUCACGCUGUGGAGGCCGGCCUCGUCCAUGAAUCCAGAGGAGGUGCGGUGAAGAUCAGAGACUUUAGGAAAAGAGCUAAAGAGGUGUGCAACAAAACCCCUAAACACAAUCCAGUCAACCACUUCCUGUGUAUGGACCUCACAUACAUCACCUGUCUGCUCAAAGAUGGGUUUGGGUUUAAAGAAAGCACUGUUCUGGAGUUAACCAAGAAGGUGAAGAACGUGGAAACCAGCUGGGCUUUAGGAGCUACAAUCAACUACUUCCAGAAGUUCAAGAUUCACUAGAAAAACAUCCAGAACCAGCUGCGUGUUGCACAGAAGCGUCACAUUUCACCCCAAAAUCAAACAAUAAUGUUUACACGAAGACCAUGAAGCGCAUAUUCCACCAUAUUCUUUCAACCAUUUGUCCAGGGGUUUUAUUUCUUUUUAUUCUCAUUUUAAAGGAGAGCUAUUAUGCCCCUCUUUACAGUAUGUAAUAAAAGUCUCAGGUGUCCCCAGAAUGUGUGUGAAGUUUCAGCUCAUAAUACCCCAGGGAUCAUUUAUUAUAUCAUGUUAUAAACACCUCUUUUUGGGUGGAAUCAAAAACACGCUAAUAUCGUGUGUGUCUCUUUAAAUGCAAAUGAGCUGCUGCUACUCCCCGCCCCCGACAUGGAUCAGGCUGCAUUAGUCAUGGAAUCAGCUAACAAGCACAUUCGGAGCGGUGAUUUACAAACGUCCUGUUUUAUAUUGACACUCAUUAAUAUAGCAGACAUGUGUAAAAUGAUUUACACAAACACACACGGAUUUUUUGUAUGUUUUGGGGAACAUUUGCUUCAAAAACUAAACUUGUCCGCUGCGUCUUCAGCGACUCUGAUGCGGGAGUACAUGAAGACUCUUAUGAACACUUAUGAGACAUUAUUCUUCUCACUGUAUCUGCUCCAGGACUGUGUGUACAUCACUCAGGGGAGGAGCUAUCAUAAUAGGGCGGAGUCAGUCACCAGUCGUGGGCAGGGCCUGAUCUAACGUGACGUCACUUUACAGCAGAAAGGAAAAGCGUUCAUUCUGACACACUGUUUAUGAUGAAUAGAAAUAUAAGAAAGACUUUUAUCAUUAUAGGGAGGUUGUGUACACACACACACACUCUCUCUCGCACACACACUCGCAUGCGCACACACUCUCUCUCGCACACACUCUCUCUCGCACACACACUCGCAUGCGCACACACUCUCUCUCGCACACACUCAAUGAACAAUAUAUUUUCUUACAGUUAUUAAUCAUUGUUCAUAGUGCAUUCAGUAAUGUUAACAAAUGCAACUUUUGAUUUAAAAAUCUAUUAGUAUGUCCAAAUUAACAUUAAUCAAGAUUUAUAAACGCUGUUCAUUGUUAUGUCGUUAACUAAAGAUAGAAAAAUAUAUAUUUUUCACAUUGUAUUAAUAGGAAUGUUUCGUGUAGUUUGUUCCGCAGGGCUUUGAAACGGGCUUCAUGACUCAGUAAAAUACAUUUAUUGUUCCUCUUGAUAUUGGGGUGAAAUAUGAGCUGGACCGUCCCGACAGGUCUGGACUGGUCUGAUGCUGCAUACACCGCACUAUGACAGAAGCUUCUCGUUUCAGUUGUCAAUACUGAACAUUUGUAAUGAGGUUGUGAAAGCUCUUAAAAUCAUAUUAUGUUGUCUUGUUAGGAAGAUGCAUUUCCAUCUGCAGAGCGCUUGUCCUUCUCAGAUGACAGGUCAAUACUGCAGCACAAGAGCUGUGAACGGACCAUUCGCAACAUCUCUCCGAGUCGUCAUUACGACGUGUUGUAGUCUGAGAGCGACUGAUAUCACAUUACUUUUGUCUUAGAUCUCAUUAAAUAUGUUUUGAUGCGUCAUGUCUGUUCACUGUAAAAACCUCAUAACAGUAAAUGACCUGCGAGUGUGUUUCCUAAAAUACUUGUUUCUAAAAAGAAUUGUUAGAAUGAACCAGAUCAAGAGAAAGAUUCGUUCAUGAGUCGACAUUAUUCUUUUUCUUCCUACUCCACAAUUCCCAAUGCGCUCUAAGUCCUCGUGGUGGCGUAGCAACUCAAUCCGGGUGGCGGAGGACGAAUCUCAGUUGCCUCCGCGUCUGAGACCGUCAAUCCGCGCAUCUUAUCACGCGACUUGUUGAGCGUGUUACCGUGGAGACGUAGCGCAUGUGGAGGCUUCACGCUAUUCUCCACGGCAUCCACGCACAACUCACCACACGCCCCACCGAGAGCGAGAACCACAUUAUAGUGACCACGAGGAGGUUACCCCAUGUGACUCUACCCUCCCUAGCAACCGGUCCAAUUUGGUUACCCCAUGUGACUCUACACUCCCUAGCAACCGGCCAAUUUGGUUACCCCAUGUGACUCUACACUCCCUAGCAACCGGGCCAAUUUGGUUACCCCAUGUGACUCUACACUCCCUAGCAACCGGGCCAAUUUGGUUACCCCAUGUGACUCUACCCUCCCUAGCAACCGGGCCAAUUUGAUUACCCCAUGUGACUCUACCCUCCCUAGCAACCGGGCCAAUUUGGUUACCCCAUGUGACUCUACCCUCCCUAGCAACCGGGCCAAUUUGGUUACCCCAUGUGACUCUACCCUCCCUAGCAACCGGGCCAAUUUGGUUACCCCAUGUGACUCUACCCUCCCUAGCAACCGGCCCAAUUUGUUUACCCCAUGUGACUCUACCCUCCCUAGCAACCGGGCCAAUUUGGUUACCCUAUGUGACUCUACCCUCCCUAGCAACCGGGACAAUUUGGUUACCCCAUGUGACUUUACCCUCCCUAGCAACCGGGCCAAUUUGGUUACCCCAUGUGACUCUACCCUCCCUAGCAACCGGGCCAAUUUGGUUACCCCAUGUGACUCUACCCUCCCUAGCAACCGGCCCAAUUUGUUUACCCCAUGUGACUCUACCCUCCCUAGCAACCGGCCCAAUUUGGUUACCCCAUGUGACUCUACCCUCCCUAGCAACCGGGCCAAUUUGGUUACCCCAUGUGACUCUACCCACCCUAGCAACCGGGCCAAUUUGGUUACCCCAUGUGACUCUACCCUCCCUAGCAACCGGGACAAUUUGGUUACCCCAUGUGACUCUACCCUCCGUAGCAACUGGGACAAUUUGGUUACCCCAUGUGACUAUACCCUCCCUAGCAACCGGCCCAAUUUGGUUGCUAUGGAGACCUGGCUGGAGUCACUCAGCACGCCCUGGAUUCAAACUCGUGACUCCAGGUGUGGAUACUCAGACCCCGAUCCUGCCAAUUAUUAAAUAAUGCUUUUUAAUUUGCUGAUAAAUAAGAACAGACUAGUAUGAAUUAUUGCGCUAGUCCGACUGAACUCUUGAAAGUGUUGAAGCCACAGACAUGUAGUCUACCCUGUUUUGAAAGAGAAAUGCGUGAAAUUUUGGGAAACUUUCUCAGAGAAGGGGCACGUUCUGAUUGACCCACUGAUCGUUUAGUACAUUAGCAUUUAUAAUUAGCGCUACAAUAAAAUGGGUAUAGCUGUAAUGUACAAUUUAAGGACACUAUGGUGCAUUUCAGAUUAUUUUAAUAACUAAUAAAAAAUCUGUUUUUUUUGUACAGCUGAUAAAUGCUUUCUGAUGAAGUAUGUUCAGCCCUCAUUUGGAGCUGUAGGUCAAUAGGUCAUAUUAUCUGUGUGUUUACAAGUGCAUGUUUUAUUAAUGUAAAAGCACACACAAUAUUAACAGGAUCAACACACUCCUCACAGUUCUGCUAAACUACAUGUGAAACAUAUAAACAGUGUUUGUGGUUAUUACCUUAUUGUACUUUCACAACUGUAAGACUUGAUGACAAACACUUUCAUACACAAAACAACAUUUUCUUACAAAAGACAAGAAUAAAAAUAUCAGUAAAAGCAACAUGAAGACGUAAAAGUGGCUGCCUGAGUCAGAGAAUGUUCCAGAAUCGAGGGGGUGUUUAAAUAUGUACCAGAAUGAGACUUUUGACUUUAUUUGUAUUUGUUUUGACAGUCGACUGACUCCAAUCUUAAACUGGCUUUCCACGUUUCAAACGAAACCUGUUCUGACUCGAACAUGCUGCAUUUUACCAGCAAAUUACCAGCAAUAAAUCAAUGCUGCAUUAACCGUGGCUGUUACAGAAGCAAACAAUGAAAUUAAAAAACGUUCUUAACCUGACGAUCAUGCCUUAUUUUAUUAGUGGACUAAAAAUAGUGCAGAACGGUAACUUAGCUUUCAAGUUUCUGGGUUUAAUUGGAAAUAAGUGUAUCCCCGAUUUCUAUGUGGCCUCAGACGUUUGGACUCCAGACGUACAUGUGACAUCAAGACGCAGUCAGGAAAUAUUAAAUGACAUUUUCAGAGGGCACCUCGAACACUUAAAGUGGACUUCAGGAGAACGACGUGCUAUUGUGGUGAUGGAUGAUCUGCCACCGAGCGUUUGAGUUCAUUCACAUCUGAUCAAAGUGAGGCGAGACGACAGCUGCCGAUGCUACAGCAGAGAAUCAUCUAUACGCUACCGGAAGAGUCUUUGAAGCUGCGUACACAAGCUGCGUACACACUGCCAGCGACAUCGCACGCGCGACUCCAUCCCAUUCAUUUUCAAUGAGAGCACAGCGACUUCCGGCGACACGAGCUGUCGCGACCGUUGGCGACUAGAUGUGGGCGUGUCCAGCGACGCGACAAAGUUGAGACAAGUUCAACUUUAUUCAAAUGAAGAGCGACUAACGGAAGCGACAGCCAAUAAGAGAGCUCACGUGAUCCCUCUCUCUCUCUCUCUCUCUCUCUCUCUCUCUCUCUCUCUCUCUCUCUCUCUCUCUCUCUCUCUCUCUCUCUCUCUCUCUCUCUCUCUCUCUCUCUCUCUCUCUCUCUCUCUCUCA